AUGGCUGAGAAACCAGAGGAUCUGAAUCUUCCCAAUGCUGUCAUAUCUCGUCUUGUCAAAGAAGCAGUAUGUGUCUCCUAUCAUUGCAAUUGUCAGGCAACUGUAUACACAAUAUCUCCAACCUUAAGAAUGGUUGUGAGGGAGACUAGUGAAUGGCAAUCAAGCCUGCAUCUUUAAGAGAAAAUAAGAAAAAAAUGUCUGAGAGUAAUGUUUUACUUUUAUGAUUUUUCUAGCUUGGUGAUGGAGUGAAUAUCUCCAAGGAAGCAAGAUCUGCCAUCAGCAAGGCAGCCAGUGUCUUUGUAUUAUACUGCACGUCAUGGUGAGUAUCGAGUAAAUUAUGCAUUGCAAGCUUGCUCAGUAUUUACAUAGAUAUUUACAUGGAUAUUAAUUUUUUUUAGUGCCAAUAACCAUGCACUGGAAAACAAGAGGAAAACGUUGACAGGCAAAGAUGUCAUGGACGCAUUGGAAGAAAUGGAAUUUCCUCAGUUUGUUGAACCUUUGAAAACAAGUUUAGAAGGUAAAAUAAUCAAGCAUUGAAUAUCACGACUUUGUUCAUUCAGUGGAGGAACUUUAUAUGCAGUCAUAAAGUUGAAUGGAGUAGAAAAUCAAUCCAGUGUAGUAUUUGUAUCAGUGUAAAAACAUCUGAGAUCAGUGUUUAUCCUUACUGCAGCAUUCAGAAAAGAUCAGAAAGAGAAGAAAGAGGCGGCUGCCAAGAAACGCAAGACAGAAUCGUCCAGUGAAGAGUCGACAGCACCUGACACAAAGAAACAGAAAACUGACGAAAACCAAGAUGGUGACAAUAAUGAUGCUGAAAAUAACGACGUUGAAAAUAACAAUGAUGAACAGAACACUGAAGCAAAUGAAGGAGAAAAAUAA